GUAAAUAAAUAUUAUAAUUACUUUAGUAAUAGAUACUGAUAUUAAGUAACAAUUAUUAUAAAGUGUAAAGUGCACUUACACUCUCCAGCGAGUAUCAGUUUAGUGGUCGUUAGAGUCAGUUACUUGAAGAUAAGUAACAAAACCAUGGAUCUUACCAAAGAAAUCAAAAAUCUAUCAAUUAAUGAUAUUAGUUCACAAUCUAAACGUUCAGAUUAUAUAGAUUGGCAGGAAUAUUUUAUGGCAACAGCAAUAUUAGCGUCUAAGCGCAGUAAAGAUCCAAGUUUACAAGUCGGUGCUUGCGUUGUAAACAGAGAUAAUAAGAUUGUUGGAAUUGGAUACAAUGGUAUGCCAAUAGGAUGUGAUGAUGAUGAAUUUCCCUGGGGAAAGAAUACACCAUCCCCAUUAGAUAGUAAAUAUAUGUAUGUGUGCCAUGCUGAAAUGAAUGCGAUUGUAAACAAAAACUCUGCGGAUGUCAAAGAUUGUGUCAUUUAUGUUGGAUUAUUUCCUUGCAAUGAGUGCGCAAAGAUUAUUAUACAAUCUGGUAUCACUGAAGUUGUCUAUUUAUCAGACAAGAAGAAACAUAAAGCAGCAUAUAUUGCUUCUAAACGGAUGUUUGAAGCUGCUGGAAUCAAAUAUUGGCAAUACAAACCUAAGAAUGAUAAAAUUAUUAUCAAUUUCAAGGAUAUUGACUGGGAGAGCAUGAGUCCAUCAAAAUGAAUCUAUUGUGAUAUGUGAAAAAAACUUAAAAAUACUGUUUAGUAUAUUUUUAUAGUAUAAGGACAUAAUUAUGCAAUGUGAUAUUAAGAAAUAAAACAAAGAUAUGAAUAAUUUUGUAAAAUAAAAUUUUAUUACUUUAUGUACAAGUUGACGAGGGCACAAAAUACUCCAAUCAUACCAACCAAACAGAAAACCAACAAUGUGUCGCAAAUACAAAAUAUUAUUGAAAAAAAAAACAGAAUUUGUAUCCUUAUUGAAGUGAAAGAUUUCAGUUAUCACUUUUUUACAUUUAAAAAAGUCAAAUGCAUUUAACAUACAUUUUUUUCAAGACACAUGGGUUGGAAAUUAAUUUCUCUAACUAAAGUGCACACGGUUACAAUUCGGAGUAUUUAUAAUUAUUGUCCAAACUUUACAAAUAUCUACAGAGAAUCAAAAUCAACAAAAAUCAUAGCUUUCUAGGUACAUUUGACACAAAACCUGACAUUUUUAAACUGUAAUUUAAUUCGAAAUAGACAUAGAUCUGGUAUUCCAAUGUUAUUGUACAGUAAAAACUUAUAAAUAAUAAUUAUUUACAAAGCGUACCUCACAUCACUUGUCAAAUAUUGCUUGAGGUUCCCCUUAUAAUUGCCACACAAUUUUAUUACUUUUUAUACAUCUAAGAACAGUCAUUAAAUUACGUUUACUAAAUACAUUUUGUUAAAUUGCAUUUUAUUGAACACUUCAGAGGCCACACAUUAUUUUAUAAAAUAAAUCGGAAAGUAAUAAAGUUUACUUUGUUUAAAAACAGAUUGUUUUAUCAAUAUCGAUACAAAUGUAUUUGCCAAUUAAGGAUUAAUUCGAUUUCUGUCUGAGUUUACAUAACCCAAAAACAUAUACAAAUAUUUUCAUAGUUUUUUGUUUAUGAUAUUUUAGUAAUGAAAUCGUAAAAUGUCAAUUUGUAAAUAACUUUAAACUCACCGAAUUUUACAGUAAAAACUGUAUUUUCGUUACGGUUUAAACAUUCACUUUUAAUAUAUUUUAAAGAAAUUGUAAUAAAUACUGCAUGUGAAAAGUAAAGAAUGUAUUAAAAAAAUCAAAUGGAUAAAAUAAACAUUAUAUUUUGGAGAGCAAUUUGUUUGAUUUGUGACUUAAUUUCGACUGAAAUUUUCAUAUUUGUGAUCAUGAGGCGAUACUAGCAUCACUUGAGUUUUGUUAAUGAAUCUUAGACUUGACUGUACAUCAAGGUCUUGUGUUAUUUAAAAUAUUUUUACAAACAGUACAAAAAAAAAACAAUAAAAAAAAACAUUAUCAAUACGAGAAUUUUGUAUUUACUAGAUGAGAGGAAGAAGUCAGGCCGAAUAUUAUCUAAUAUGAAAUUUGUGGGCGAUUAUGAAUUGCAGUAAUAUUCGGUUUUGUGUCACCUUAGUAUAUAUUUAU